AUGCCUGCAUCUGCAGCGAGUCCCCUUCGCCACAACGCCCAUCUCAAGCCUAAGCUAGCGGUGAAGCCGGAGGGCAGCGACCGCGCCAGCCCUCUAAGCACUCUAUCGCCUUCUGGCAUCGUCGGAAGCCCGCAGAGCUUUUACAGCACAGGGACGGCCGAGAGCCUGGCGACAGAUGCUCAGGAGGCUGCUACCACCCCGGAUGCGUUUUCGUUCGACGAACAGGACUGGUCGAGCUUUUGGCCGUCAUUAUUCCCAGACUUUGUCAACGAUACCUCGCAUCUUGACUUGAAUAGCUCAUAUGCCCCGGAGAUUGCACACGGUAUUCCUGGGCUUGAACCAUUUGAUGUGAGAGAUCUAUCCGGGUUCAAUUUGGAGGUUCUCCAUGACCAAACCGGUCAGGAACCGUCUGGCGCCUUGAUAGCGGACCCGGGAGCAAGACUCGUACCGCAAGACUUCUCCCAGUACCCAUCAGGUCAGCUAUGA